AUGUCGCGAUUAGACAAUAUGGAAGCAUUGGAGAGGCAACUAGCAGAAUUACAAAUGAAUAAAGAUUUCAACUCGGGCAGAAUAAAAAAAGUACCGCCAGCUGUACCUCCUAAGAAAAAGGCUCAACCUCAAGUUCCUCGAAGUGCUGUCGUUAAUAAUGUAUGCGAGCCGUCGUACUCGUUGAAGAUAUCUUCAGUUAAUAGUCAUAUUCCACCACCACCUCCACCGCCGCCGCCAACAUAUAAUGCAUUGAAAAAUGCUCACAACGUACAUGUGCCGCACAAAGAUUAUGCUAAUGUAACCCAACUUACCUUACCUAACGUUGCAUUUAAAAAUAAUGUUCCCUUGCCAUCGCAAGUUUACAACCCAACCUACAGCAAUAUCCCUCAGUAUCAGAGGUCUUCUCCUUCUCCCCCUCCACCUCCUCCUAUUCCUCCAAUUUUAGUUACACCCUCCAAAUUGAGUAAUCCCAACAACAAUCAUGAAGAAUAUUUACCACCUCCAUCACCAGUCAGUUCCAACUACAGUGAGCUGGCCAGAGCAACAGCUAACAUAAACUACAACCAGGAGAGGCAAAACUACCCACAUAUUUAUCAAAAUGAAUAUCAAGAUUAUGGUGCCUCUCAAGCGUCAAAUUAUGAGUCACUUUAUGAACCAAUCAGCCCACAGCUAAACAACAAAACUGCCAGCAAUUUGAGUUUUCAGGAUAACAUUAAAACUGAAAAACCUUUGCCUAAAGAACAAGAAGUUGAUGCAUUAACUGAUCUUCUCGUUCAAUCUAUAUCUGACAGCCAAGAUUUAGAUGUGUUUGGAACAUGCAUAAAAUGCACCCAAAAAGUUGUUGGCGAGAGUUCAGGUUGUACAGCUAUGGGUAAUAUGUACCAUGUGCAAUGCUUUCGGUGCGACCAUUGCAAUACUAACCUUCAGGGCAAACCAUUUUAUGCUGUUGAAGGUCAACCUUAUUGUGAAACAGAUUACUAUAAGACCUUGGAGAAAUGUUCCGUCUGUGACAACCCCAUUUUGGAUAGAAUUUUAAGAGCAACCGGGAAGCCUUAUCACCCCACUUGCUUCACAUGUGUUGUAUGUGGCAAGAGUUUGGAUGGUAUUCCCUUUACUGUUGAUGCGAUGAAUCAGAUUCAUUGUAUUGAAGAUUUCCACAAGAAGUUUGCCCCUCGUUGCUGUGUGUGUGAACUGCCGAUUAUGCCUGAGGAGGGCGAAGAAGAAACUGUCAGGGUAGUUGCUCUGGACCGUAGUUUUCAUGUACGUUGUUAUAGAUGUGAAGAUUGUGGUCUUCUACUUUCUUCUGAAUCAGAGGGCAGGGGCUGCUAUCCUCUUGACGGUCAUAUUUUAUGUAAAGCCUGCAAUGCUCAUCGCAUUCGUCUUUUGACAAAUGUUAUGACAACUGACCUUUAA